UUUUAUAUUAAGGGUGGUCUUAAUAAAACCAGAAGAAUGGCUAAAAAAAACGCACCAGCAGCUUUACAGACUGAAGUUUCGACGGAUGAAGAAUGGUCAAAGAUUUUGGAACGAAAGGGCCUUAUAGUUGUAGAUGUUUAUUCAGAUUGGAGUGGGCCCUGUACUGGAAUGGUGAGCAUUUUAAAAAAAAUUAAAAUGGAAAUUGGCGGUGAUUUAUUGAGCUAUGCAACGGCAAAGUGUGAUAAUAUUACUGAUCUUGAACGAUUUCGAGGAAAAAGUGAACCAACCUGGAUGUUUAUUCAUAAUGGCAAAAUGGUUAAUUUAAUGUUUGGUGCAUACUGUCCAGAAUUGCAAAAAAUGUUAACUGAUGAAAUUCAAAAAGUUAAAAAUAAUGAGCCGCAUAAAUUUUGUAUUGGAGUUAAUGAAACAAGCCCAGAAGAAGAAAAUCGAUUAAAAAUACUUGAAGAGGAACGUUUAGCUAAAGAAAUAGCAAAAAAAGAAAAAAAAAAAUCUCAAAUAAAAGCCCAAUAUGAAGCUGAAUUGCAUCAUUUUAUGACUUGCUUAAAUGAUCAAACAUGUUUAAUACUCUAUCCAUGGGUUUUUAAAGAUGAAGAAGGUCACAAACGUGAUAAAAAGUCAAGUUUACCUUAUGUAGAUUUAAUUGAAAAUAUUCUUCCAGAACAUUGUAUUGUUGAACAAGAACUACGAAAACAUUUGAAUCUAGAUCUUGUAUCGAAAAUUUUUAUAGAGUCUGGUUGGGAAAUAACAUCUGAUAUUCAACAAAUUUUAAUGGAUGGAAAAUGUAUGUUUAUGCGGGUUAAAAUGAUUAGAAAUAAUAUUGAUUCAAACGUAGAAAAAUAUUUAUUAAAUUUACUUUUUGGUGAGCCAACUCUACCAAAAUUAUCAGAUCAACUUCAGGAAGGAUGUUUUGCAGAACGUCACAAUAAACCAGCAUUUAUACCAAUCGGUAAAGAUAAUUUAAUAUUUCCUGUUGUUUGGGCUUCACCAAAUUCGAUCAAUAAAAUCAUGAUAUUCAAAACAAUAUUUAAAAAAUAUAUAGAUACUACUUUUCCUUAUCAAGAUAAAACAGAUGUAACGCCAAUAAUUGUUUUUAAAUUUGAUAGUACGAGAAAAAAUGAAUUGAAAGUUGUUUUAGAAAUGCAAGAAUCUGAAGUUAUACAUUUUGGUAUUUUUGAAAGAGAUAAACCACCUGAGGCUAAGCUUAUAGCAACGAACAUUGACGAAUAUGAAGAAAAAGUUGUUGAAAAAACAGGAUACGAAGCAUUUGUUUGCGUGGUCAAAAAAAUAGGAUCAGAGGCUUUUUUAACAUUUGCUGGAAUUGGUCCUUAUCAUGUUAGUGAAAACCCUGACAUAGCAAUUGAGGAAUCUAAAUUAUAUUUCCCAGAUGUUAUACUUGCUGAUGAUCAAUCUGAUGAUGAAGAAAAACCAGAAGAUUCAGAUGGACGUGGUGGAGAACAACUUAACGAAAUUGCUGAUCAACAACUAUCCUAAUGUAAUUUCAUAUAAUAGUAAUAAUUAUAAUUAUGAUUACUUAUUAAU